UAAUGCGUAUCUUCGGUUCCCACCCGAGUUUCUGGAGUACCGAUCGAUCAAGUCUACAAUAAUGUUUCGCCGAUCUUCUUUAUUUAUUUACUAUUGGUUUUUGACCGAUGGUCUUCUUUGAUUUGAUUUGCUUUGCUUAAUUUUCUGCUUUCAUGGCCCUAACAACCCAUUUUGAUGAUAUACGUAAAUCAUUUUACACAUUCAAUUUACCUUCAAACCAUUUCCACUCUCCUCACUCACUCUCGUGCUUGCAAGUUGCCGGUGGUGGCUGGGUUUACGGUGGUGAUUGUGGUUGUUGGGUUUUCUGAAAAUAGGUUUUACAUGCAAUACCAAACACUGAAAAUUAUUUUCCGGCAAAUUUAGGCAAGAAAACCAGACACAUUGCCAUACAACAAUGCAAGCUAAGAUCACUACUUUCUUCAAAAACCCAAUUUCUACUUCUAUAGCACCCAAGUCUCCAGACCCACCUCCCAUUUUUGACGAACUCACCAUCUGGGAGAACAAACAGCACCAAUUCUUCAAUACCUACUCACGCAGAGCUCAAAACCCAGAUAGUAACAAAGGGUCAAUCGGUGACAUACUAGUGAAGAAACCCAAUUCAGAUAAUUUGCGUUCAAUAGCGAAAUCGAAGAGUUCUGAAAGAGCAAUUAAGACGAACAAGAAGAGAACUUAUGCACAGUUGCAUUUGGAUUUGGGUCAGUCUGAUUUUAAUUUACACACAUGUUCAACAUGUGGGGUCAAGUAUGCUCCUGGAGAGGAAGAGGAUGAGAAGGCUCACAAGGGAUUUCAUAGAGACUAUACCCUUGGGAUUCCAUUCAAGGGUUGGUGCAGUGAAAGGGUUGUCCCUAUGCCUUCAAUUGAAGGUGGUCGAAUCGUUUUGGUGUUAGAUUGUGAUCCUGUUGCACAUAGGAGCAAGGUGGAGGAAGUGGUAAAAAUGAUGGAGAUUGAUCUUGGAAGUGGAUGGAUUUUCCAUAAGAGUUGUAAGGUGUAUCUGUUUAUUUCCUCCCAAAGGAUUGUAGGUUGCCUACUUGCAGAACCAAUAAAACAAGCAUUCAAAGUUUGCUCAUGCUCAUCGAAUGGGGGAUCUGAGGGCACUUCUGCCAAGGAAGUGGCAAGACAAAGUUCAACCUCCCUCCAAUUUGGGGAUAUCAGUUUUAAAAGGGAAGUCAAGAAAAGAACCCGUUCUGUUAAUAGUUCUGAGGUUUUGGAUGGGAAUCUCAAUGGAGCAAUCAUUUGUGAAAACGAAGGGGUACCAGCUGUCUGUGGCAUUAGAGCUAUUUGGGUCACUCCCUCUAACAGAAGAAAGCACAUAGCUAGCCAAUUACUGGAUGCUGUGAGGAUGAGUUUCUGCAUGGGUUCUGUUCUUGAACUCCCUCAACUGGCACUCUCUCAGCCAACCUCAGCUGGAAAGGCACUGGCAUCCAAUUAUUUUAGCACUGGAUCUUUCUUGGUGUACAAAACCUACAGUCUAAACUCACAGAUGGUUAAUUAAAAAUUUCUAGACUAAGCAUCUCCUGAUGAAGUUGUUUACUUCAAUGGAAGCUUUGCAAAACCUUUUUUUGCUUUUGCAUUAAUUUUUAGGGAAACUAUUGCUAAUAUUGAUGGAAGUAUUUACCACCUCUGUUCAGCUGAGUCAUGCAGAUGCAUAUCUGCUGUGUUAUUAAUUGUUUGUAUCAUAAGACUAAAUUAGACAAUCAGUGGGACUAAUUUUGCAUGUAUAAAGUUCUAUAAUUUCCA